GUCCUCCUUUGGCCACUCCACCUCAAACUCGGGCUUAUCACCCUCGUCAUCCAGCACCGCAAACGCAAGAAGACUAUUAUUCUUCAGUCCCAAUGCUGUCGGUGUCUUCUCUCCAUCACCCGUCUUGAGUUUGACCCAUCCGCUCGAGGGGUCAUUCGGCGUCUUCAAUGCGCCAAACGCAAGGAUCGAGUCUGCAUCGUAUGUAGUCUUCUCGGAAGAGUCAAAUGACUUGGUAAGCCCAUCAGGGUAUCGUUCGAUCAGAACAUUGAGGAGCUCAGUGGCGGCACUGGAGAAGGGGGCGAGGGCGUCGAUAAAGAGGUAAAUGGUAUGGAUGCCGUGCUUGAAGCGUACCGAGAUGUUUGCGUCGUCGACGUCAGUCUGAGGUAUCAUUAGCAUUGAGGCACAUCAUAGGAGGGUGAUAUGUGUAGUACCAUUGUGUCGAUCUUGAUACGAAUGUUUGGGGAAGACGUCAGGGUUCAAAGCUGCCUCGCUUUGUGCUUCAUGAGGGGCAUUGAGAUUCAGAUUGGUGGGGGCCGACCGCGGCGCAGCUCAGCGCGACAUCACGUGAGGGCGCGUAGAGAGGGACACAGGCAGGAUUUGAACGCUGUCACUGCAUUAAGAUGUAUGGAUAUCCUGGCUAAAGAUGGAGGGAAGAAACGCUGUCCUAUAAGAACUAAAUUAUCGAUACGUCAUCUUGAAGGAUUUGUGACAGCUCGGCAGCAAGAUCCAGGAACGAGAGCAAGGCAUGAAGUGACAGCUUCCAGAAGCCGAAUGCUACCCUGGAACAUGCACUGGAAAUGCCCGGAUGUCAAAAGAAUCAUCUGGCCGACCAUAGGGCGUACGCUGCCAUUGACCGAGGAAACAAGUAACUGAAAUUCAAUCCUAGUCGACUCCGUGAAAAAGAACUUGGAGUAUUGAAACUGGCCAUUUGAAUUCCCAAGCAUUUUAA